GAAAAAGUACAUGCUAACAAAAACCUAGCAGUUCAUAGAUAUAGAUUUAGAGCAUCUAUGUUGUGAUUUUUUGCUCUCCUAAAGGUUUUUGUCCUCUGAAAUGUCUUAAGGAGGCGGUUGCUUUAGCACUUUUGGUGGGACUUUAAGAGAAUCAGCAGAAGAUGAUAGAACCACAGCUACUGACCGAGGUCCCUGCAACACUUAAGCGGCUGGCCAAGCAGGUCGUAAGGGGUUUCUAUGGGGUGGAUCACGCCUUGGCCCUGGAUGUGCUGAUCCGCAACCCAUGUGUACGCGAGGAGGACAUGCUGGAGCUGCUCAAGUUUGACCGUAAACAGCUACGCUCCAUACUCAACACACUGAAAGCUGACAAGUUUGUCAAGUGCCGCAUGAGGGUGGAGACGGCUCCCGAUGGCAAGACAACACGACACAACUACUAUUUCAUCAAUUACAGGUUACUGGUAAAUGUGGUCAAGUAUAAAUUGGAUCACAUGCGACGACGCAUUGAGACGGAUGAGCGAGACUCCACCAACCGUGCCUCCUUCCGGUGCCCCUGCUGUUUCUCCACCUUCACAGACCUAGAAGCCAACCAGCUGUUUGACCCGAUGACAGGUACAUUUCGCUGCACCUUCUGCCAAACCGAGGUAGAAGAAGAUGAGUCUGUCUGUCCUGAUGCCAGAACACCAGUGGCACGCUUCAAUGAGCAGAUUGAACCCAUCUACGCUCUGCUACGCGAGACCGACGAUGUCAACCUGUCCCCUGAACUGCUGGAGCCAGAGCCUUGUGAAAUCCCUGCUCUCAAACAGAGCCGUGAACGCUCAGCAGCAGCAGGAAACGCUGCAGGCCCACACCGCGAAGCCUGGUCUAACAAAGGCUCGUCCUACGCCGACCUGUACACCCAGAAUGUGGUCAUCAGUAUGGAGGAGCAGGAAGAGCAGCAGAAACAGGCCAAUGAAGGCAAGGCACCCAAAGAGAGACCCGUCUGGUUGACCCAGAGCACCGUGCAGGGGGCUUACAGCGAGCCCGAUGCUCUCAAGAACCGUGGAGAGGUUGUUCCCGGAGCCCAGGAUGGAGCAGCUAGUCUUGGAAUGGGCCAGGCAGAUGAAAAUGAGGAGGUGAUGCGUGCCCUACUCAUCCAUGAGAAGAGGGGAGCGGCAGCAGCAGGUGGAGGCGGAGCCAGCGCUGCGGCCAAGGGGCUAACAUCCGCCAAGGCUAAUGCCAGCGACUCAGACAGCGACACCAGCGAAUCAGAUGACGAGACUCCCGCAGUUCCUCCUGCUGCCACAGCUGCUAAGUAUCGGGGUGCGGAGGAAGAGGAGGAUGAUGAUGAAGACUUUGAGGAGGUGGGAGAUGAACCGAUGGUGAUGGUGGGAGGCCGGUCGUUCUCAUACAGAGAAGUGAGCCAGAGGCCAGAGCUGGUGGAGCAGAUGUCUGCACAGGAGAAGGAGGCCUACAUCGAAAUGGGACGAAACCUCUUCCAGGAUAUGUACUUGUACUGAACACACACACACAUGUAUUUACACACACAUACACACAGCGAAACAAUUUGAUGGAUUGGUAUUUAGUUCCUGAAUAUAUACUUCUGCUGUCUCAUGCUGUCAAUGACGAUAUCGGAGGCAGUGUUUUUAACGACCUUUCAAGAGGAAGAUGCUGCUCAAGAAGUAUUUCCAGUCAGCUUUGUGCUCUUUUAUUAUACCAACCAAUCACACUCUUUCACAGUGUUGUGUAAGUAAUCAAACUUUUAGUAUUCUGUCCCAAGUAUUUUCUAAAGGCAACAAGCAAGAAGGGAGUUAGCAAGCUGAAAUUUGUGCACAGAGUGCCAAUUUGUGUUUUUUUUCUCUCGGUGUGUUUUUAUUUUCAUUUGUGCUGUUUACACCGGUCUCAUUUCAGCCGCGUUAACAGCCAUCUGUCUCACAUACGUCUGACGAAACAGAUCAGCUUCUGUUUGAAUUAAUACAGCUGUCUGCUUACAAGUGUAUAUUUCUAUGCUUCAAGUCUGUUUCAUUCCAACUAUAUUGAUGUAUAUUGGACUGUGAGUGCUGCUGAGUGCACAGCAGUACUGUGGCUGAACAGCUUCUUUCACUACACUGCCAGUGUAGCCAAGGUGUUACUCUGAAGCUUCUCAGUUUUUUGGUUUUUUUUUUCUGAAAUAGGAUCACAGACUGGAUUUAAAAUCUCAGGCAAAAGUUAUAAAGAUAUGGGUCAAUUGUUGUGGUCAAACAACAGUCAAACAUUUGUUAUUCUGAGCAAUAUGUAAUAAAAGAUACUGCAGUACAACAAUGUGCAUG